AUGAAUAGAACUAACCUAUCAUCAAGUAUAGAAUCAGUAGUUCUUCUAAAAAAUAAACUCGAGCAAAGCAGUCAUUAUAUUUAUGCUAUUUUGUUUCCAUUAAUUUUUAUAUUGGGUAUCGUUGGUAAUCUAUUUUCAUCAGUUAUAUUUUGCAUAACAAAACUUAAUCAUAUCUCAUGUGGAAUUUAUUUUCUCCUACUGGCUAUUUAUGAUUCAUUAGCAUUAAUUGCUGGUCUACAUCAUUGUUUAACAAUUGGUUAUCAAUUUUCAGCACUCAGCGGUGCUUAUUGUCGUGCACGAAAUUUUCUUCUUUACAUGUCAAUGGAUAUGACUUCGUGGAUGAUUGUAGCUAUUUCAGUAGAUCGUUACCUUAAAGCAAGACAUCCUAUAAAAGCACGAAUGUAUGCAACAAGAAAAUUAUCUAUUUUUAUAUCGUGUUGUUUAAAUAUUAUUUUUAUUUUGAAAAAUUUUCAUCUACUAACAAUUUUCAUUGGAAAUUUUACCGAGGAUGCUGCUGAUAAUUGUGAUCCGAAUCCUCAUUAUCGAAUGUAUUCAUUCUUUUUCAGCAAUAUUUGGCCAUGGAUUGAUUUUACAACUUAUGCAUUAUUACCAUUUAUUAUUGUUACAAUUUCGAAUACAUUUAUUAUUCAUGAUCAAUAUAAUAGACGUUUUAAAUUACGUAAACGUACACUUGAUCUAUCAUUAAUAAGAUUGUUAUUAGUGAGUUCAAUAUCAUUAAUUGUUUGUAAUCUUCCGAUAACAAUUUUAGCUAUUAUUUAUCCGUAUAUUUCAAUAUCAUACAAGACGAAUAAAAUAUAUGAUAAUGUUGCAUUUGCAUUUGAUAUGCUUCGAUUACCAGCUUAUAUAUCAUUAGGAUUGAAUUUUUAUUUGUAUUAUUAUACAUCGGCUUUAUUUCGAAAACAGGCAAUUGUACUUUUUCAACGUUUGUUUCACACGGAAGACAAUACUAAUCGUAUACAACUUGCUCAUAGAUUGUUCACAGAUGGAAAUCAACGUGCAGAAACACACAAUUCGUUUAAUAAUUUUGACGAUUUUCAAUCGCUACCAGUACCUUCAUUAAAAGAUAGUUGUUUCAUUUCAAAUUUCUAUCCUAUAUGA